GUCCCAAAAGAAAUGUAAAACAGCUGUCAAGUAAAAAUUCACUUGGGUCUUUUUAUUUGGUUUGGUUGCUCCCCAAUUCUUUCUAAAAUUUCCGCAUUGUCCUGUUUUAGAGGAGUGCAAGAAUUGUGAAUUUUUGAAGAUGGAGAAGCGUGUGUCCAAUGUGUACACCUCCUCCAAAGUGGGCAGCUCAAAUUCCGUCGAUUCUGACUACUCCAAAUCCUCUUCGUUGAAUUCCAAACAGGAAACUCUGGUCAACAAUGAGACGAGUUUUCCUCUGCUUCCGGGCGAAAAGAGGCAUGAUCUGAAAACAGAUGUUACCUACGUUUGCCCCUACAAUGGUCUGUCGAAAGGUCUGUUGACCAUUACAAAUUAUCGCUUGCACUUCCGGUCACAGCCGACGUCAGACAAGGAGAUUGCUUUUGUGGUGGAUGUACCCCUUGGGGUGGUGUCACGAGUAGAGAAGGUUGGUGGAGCUAGUUCCCGUGGUGAGAACUCCUAUGGCAUCGAUAUCUUCUGCAAGGAUAUGCGAAAUCUCAGAUUUGCCCAUAAACAGGAAAAUCACAGUCGUCGGACUGUUUUUGAGAAAUUGCAGAUGUUUGCCUUUCCGUUGGCGUACAAUGAGCGCCUCUUUGCAUUCUCGUACAAUGAGGCAUUUCCUGAGGAUGGCUGGACGGUGUAUGAGCCAGUGGCUGAGCUUAAGCGCCUGGGAGUGAAUAAUGACACAUGGAGAAUCACUCGUAUCAAUGACAGCUAUGAGAUUUGCGAUAGCUACCCAGCUGUUUGGGCAGUACCCAAUAAUGCUCCGGAUGAAUUGCUGAAGCAAGUAGCUGGUUUCCGGUCAAGGAAUCGUCUGCCAGUACUCUCGUGGAUUCAUCCACAGUCUCAGGCUACUAUAACGAGGUGCUCGCAGCCAUUGGUUGGGGUUUCGGGAAAGCGCAGUGGAGACGAUGAAAAGUACAUCAAUCUGAUUAUGGAGGCAAAUGCAAGAUCUGACAAGCUGUCCAUCAUGGAUGCCAGGCCGAGUGCCAAUGCGAUAGCCAACAAGGCCAAAGGUGGCGGGUAUGAGUCUGAGGAUGCAUACCAGAAUGUCGAGUUAAUUUUCCUGGACAUUCACAAUAUCCACGUGAUGCGAGAGAGUCUGCGAAAGCUCAAAGAAAUCUGCUUUCCGGCCACGGAUGACAAGAAAUGGCUGUCAUCUGUGGAGAGUAGCCUCUGGCUCAAGUAUAUCAAGUGUGUCCUCAGUGGAGCUGUGAGGAUUGUGGAUAAGAUUGAGAAUAUGAGUACAUCAGUUGUGGUGCAUUGUUCAGAUGGAUGGGAUAGGACGUCACAGCUCACGGCCCUGGCAAUGCUUCUCCUGGAUCCCUACUACCGCAGCCUCAAGGGUUUUGAGGUGCUGAUCGAGAAGGAGUGGCUCAGCUUCGGGCACAAGUUCCAGCAGCGCAUCGGACAUGGUGAUAGCCAUCAUUCAGACGCAGACAGAUCACCUGUCUUCCUUCAGUUCAUCGACUGUGUCUGGCAGGUGACCAAGCAGUAUCCACAUGCCUUUGAAUUCAACGAGCAUUUUCUCAUUACCAUUCUGGAUCAUCUCUAUUCCUGUCGCUUUGGCACCUUCCUCUGCAACACGGAGAGGGAGCGUGUCCAGGAGGAAUUGAAGCGUAAGACUGUAUCACUUUGGUCCUUUAUCAAUUCGACCCCGGAACAGUACAGAAAUCCACUCUAUGGUGGCUAUCCGUCGGUUAUUCAAACCAUCCUGAAGCCCGUGGCCAGUUCUAGGCACAUCCGACUGUGGAAGGGACUCUACUGUCGCUGGAAUCCCAGCAUGAGGGCUCAGGAUCCCAUUUAUCAGCGAACGAGGGAAUUGCUGGUGUUACAAGAACAACUGCAACGACAAGUGGAUGAUUGUCGCUUCGAAUCGAACGCCAAACCAAACUAUCAGCACACUAGAUUGGCCUCGCCACUUCACUGAAUUCCUCAAUGUCCUGUUAUUCAAUUUAUUAUAAACUUUUAAUCAGUUCAGAAAGCAUUUUAGUCCAAGGAAUAAUAAAGAGAGAAAUUGGAUACAAUAAAUUAGGAAAUAAAAAUAAAUGUUUUCAUUCAAA